CUGAGCUGCUGUUUCCCACCUGUCAGAGAAGUUUGAAGGAGCGCUGCUCCCAUGGCAGGACAGACCAUACAGGAGCCUGUGAAGACCCAGCAGAAGUGCAUUGCCAUCUUUGCUCUUCUCUGCUGCUUUGCUGUGCUGGUGGUACUGAUCUUCUCAUCAGUAGACAUCUUGGGGGACAAUGAGGAUGGAAUCACAGAGGAAAACUGCAGCAAAAACUGCCGCAUUGUGCUUGUGGAAAAUAUUCCAGACGACCUCACUCUCUCCAUGGAUGGCAGACCCCACCUCCCUCUCUCUGCUGGCUUUCACACACUGUUGGACAACGCAAGGCACUCAGUUGAGGUGGUGUCACCUGUCUGGGACUUAAACUCCUGGGACCUGAAAACAAAGCCAGGUGCUGCCAAACAGGGUCAGCUUUUGUUCCAGAGACUGCUCAGCCUGAAGUCUCGUGGGGUUAAACUGAAGAUUGCCAGCAGUCUGACUAACUCUGCUGAACUGAAGGCCUUGUCAGCAAGCAAUGCAGAAGUUCAUUUUGUUAAUAUGACGGCUCUUACCAGAGGAGGACUCCGCUCCUCAUUCUGGAUAGUGGAUCGGAAGCACAUUUACAUCGGGAGCGCUGAUAUGGACUGGAGGUCACUUUCAAAGAGGAAUGAACUGGGGGUGGUGGUGUAUAACUGCAGCUGUCUGGCUCUGGACCUCCACCGAGUCUUUUCAUUUUACUGGCAGCUCCAUGACAGGGACUACAUCCCCUCCAUCUGGUCGAAGAGAGUUACAGCCCUGUACGGAAAGCAUGAAGCCCUGGAGCUGCAACUCAAUGCUACCCAGGCCACUGCCUACGUGUCUACCUCUCCUGAUCUCUUCUGCCCCAAAGAUCGCACCAGAGAUGUAGAUGCCAUCUAUCAAGUCAUCCAAAGUGCAAAGGCAUUUGUCUUCAUUUCUGUGACUGACUACCUCCCUCUGGUGAACAGGAGCGUCAGAGGAACUUCAGUCACAAGGUAUUGGUCACCCAUUGAUGAAGUGAUCAGGGAGGCCGUGGUGCUCAGAGGAGUCAAGGUUCGCCUGCUGAUAACCUUCUGGAAAAAGACUCACCCCCUGACCUUUAACUUUGUCACCUCCCUCAAGGCGCUCUGCAUGCAGCUGCACAAUUGUUCACUAGAGGUGAGGUUUUUUAGUCACAAAGAGCUAAAGGAUGAUAUUCAGCAUGGACUCAACCACAACAAGUACAUGGUGACCGACAAUGCUCUUUACAUUGGGAACCAUGACUGGGUUGGGAGUGACUUUGCUUUUAAUGCAGGCGUUGGACUGGCAGUCACGAUGAAAAAAGGUCUUAAAGACAGCGGGGUGACAAUCCUGGAGCACGUCAAGGCUGCUUUUGAAAGAGACUGGAGGUCACAUUAUGCUAAGAGCCUAUAAAGGUCAUCAGGGCAUAUACUGUACAGGAACCUGCAACAAGCAAAGGUUCAUAAGGAGACCAAGGAGGAUAACAACUAAUGGACCAACCCUUUAUCUCU